UAGUUUUAUCACGUUGCACUUGUACAGACAGUUCUAGAGUGUCGUAGACAGAUGAAAGUGGAAAUGAUCAAUGUCGUGACCUCACGACCCAGUGCAGAGAGACGGCGCCCACCAUUUAGUCUGUACACACCAACGCUGCUGUGCGAGUUUUGCAUGCUAAUUUAUUUAUUUUGAUGCCGCACUUUCUUUGCUUUGCUUUGAAUAUUAUAAUUGUGAAUGAAACAACAUAGCAACGAACGUUGUGUACAAACAAAAUGGCGGAUCGUAUCGAAAUGCUUUUCGCUUGAAGUCAAGAGCAACUUUAGUGUUUAGAUGAUGUUGAAAGAAAAAUAAUUGCAUGUAUAUAUCUUUUCGUGACUGAAAACAGAAAAGAAGUCAUCAUGCUCAAUCCUCGUAGAGUUCUAAUUGUGGGAGCAGGAGCUGCGGGAACUGCUGCAGCUUAUUCAUUGUCGCGCGACAAGACGUUCGCUGUCGAGGUAUGGGAGAAGGCGCAAGUAGCCGGGGGUGCAGCUUCAUCUCAUGAUAUAUCUGAGAACAUUUUCAUCAAUGAUGGUGUGCAAGGUGGAUGUCCCACCUACCGAAAUACUAUCAACUUGAUGGAAACAUUUGGCUUUGAAACAACACCUGUUAACAUGAUGAUUUCCUUUGGCAAAGGAAAAACUGCUUGGACAAACUACUCAACAACUGACUUAGUCCGACGUCUUGCUCCAGAAAUUAGGCGCUUUGGAAGGACAUUAGAAAUAAUUAAUAAAUGGGCUGUGUUCUUUAUCUUUAUGCCUAUUGCUCUUGUACUUCGCUUGUUUCGAUACUCUGAUGAGUUCAGAAAUUGUAUGGUUUUCCCACUGACAGCGCUUUUCUUUGGUACAGGAAACAAGACAUCUCGCGUUUCUGCUGCUAUCAUGGCACGCGUGUUUUUGGACAAAGACCUCCGACUUUUUGACUAUGACCCCAAGCUCUUUCUAAGCCAGACACCUGAGAUGUUUGCAUUUCCCAGGCUGGACGAAAUGUACGAGACCAUCAUUAGAAAAUGUGGUGUUGAUUUUUAUGGUGGUCGAGCAGUUAAGUCUGUCCGUAGAAAGAACUCUUUGGUGUAUGUGACUGAUGAGUACGACGUGGUAGAUAUUUAUGAUUAUAUCAUCUUUGCAUGUGAUGCAGAGACAGUACUUAGUGUUCUUAAGGGCCCUUCACACAUGGAACGCAGAGUUCUGGGGAAUGUGAAGUACUACAAUGAUCUCAUAGUAACUCAUGAAGAUAAGGAGUACAUGGACAGGUAUUAUGAAGUUCAUCUUGAUAAAGACCAGUACUUUGUUCGCACUUAUGACUGGAACCCAGAGAAAAUUGAGAUGUCAUUCAACCUCUCCAACUACCAGCCUCAGCUUAAGAGAUCUAGGAGAAAUGUGUUCCAGACUAUUUUUCUUAAUGAUAAACUGUCCGCUGCUUGGACUGAGAGAGAGAUUCGCAGGAGCAAAGUGCUGCUGACAAAAUGGUGGCGACAGUUCUCACAUAGCUGGAGUCAUUUUGCGUUCACAGUGCCUUUUAUGCGUUACCUGCAGGGUCAGCGGCGAACAUACUAUUGUGGUGCCUACACCCUCAUCAACACGCAUGAAAUAGCCAUCAUCUCAGGAUUUGCAGCUGCUGCACGCGUGGGUGCUGCCUACCCGUUUCCACAAGACAAAUUGGCAGCCAGCCAAUUUGAACGCUACAUGCUGAUAGUUCAUGGCCGGCCUUCUCGGUGGGGUUUCAACAAAGAAUCUGUCAUUGCAAUUUGCCUGAAACCACUAAUGAGUGCCUUUGCCAUUUUAGCCAUGUUCAUCAGAUUCAUUAGAUACAUCAUGCGUUACAAAUAAUGCAUUUUAAGGAAAAGCAGUUCUUAGUGCAAGACACCUUAAGAGAUCUGAUGUCACUUAUUUUUAAUACUUUUUGUUUUUUUAUUCAGUAGUCACUGGUUAUCAUUAUUUCAAUAACUGUUCUUCAUUGACUGAUAGGGGCUUAUGAAAGAUGAGUGGUCAUCAUCUGACUACUUGAAGAAUGGAUUCAGUACAAGACUGAGCUGUUUAUACCAGGGUGACAAGAGGUCAUUUAGAUACUACUUAUUAAUAUUUGCUCGGACCUCGAUAACUAAACAUCAAAUAAUGGCAUUUAUUUCUGCUCAAUGUUUGAAAAUAUAUAUGAAAUAUGAAAAUAUUUUGACAUUUUUAUCUCUGCUAGUUACAGUAAUUAACAUAUUAUAAAGUUUGGGUCUAUUUUGUCCCCUGUUAAGCAUAUUUACAAUAGCUCUGUUUCAUUUUGAUGCAUUAAAAUCUCUUUGUGAUUCAUGUUAUAAUACUGUUGCUACAAAACAUGUAAUGUAGUUGUACUUAUUUUCAGCAUGCCAUUCCUUAUAGUCGUUUUAACAGCUAUUCCAGUGAUGGCAGGAUUGGAUGAGUUAGAUACAUAUAUGAUACAAAUUGAAUGCUGAAGUUAACUUCUUUGCAUUCUACUUGACUUGAACAUAAUGAGAGAGAAAAUAUAUCUAUAAAUCAUGCUAUUUGUUGCCAUUUUGUUGUGAUGCUAAAUGUUGAACUUUUGUGUAAAUACUGAUCUUGUGAUGCCUCUUUAAAAGUCAUGUAUUUUGAUUGAUCUGCAUGCACAGAUCAUGCGACUAAUUUCUCAAAUGAGAUGUUGAAGUUGUACAUCACCCAUUCCAUUCUCUCAUACAGUAAAUCUAGUUGUGAGAUUUUUUUUUUUUAUACAUCCAUAACAAAAAUCUAUUGUUAAAGGGGAUCAAGUAUGUGUAGGCGAAAAAUUUUACAAUUUUGGACAAAUAAAAAUGUGCAUUGAAUUA